AUGCAUCUUGUCAACCUUGCUGCUUUUGCCUGCGCUGUAAUCUGUGCCGGCGCAUUCGAAUUCCCGGACUUCGUCCCUCUGCACAAGCGCCAGGAACCAGGAACUCCUGCGUACGAGUGCCACGCGAACUGCGGUGGCGUAAUUACCGCCGGCCGUACUGACGGAUACUGUGAUACCGACGACUUCAAGACCGAGUUGACCGAUUGUUUGAAGUGUGCCGUUGAGUUCGACAUUUGGAAGUAUUAUGGGGGUUCUGUGUCGAAGGCUGCUACUGCAUGUGGAUUAGACGCCACCCCAGUCGAAGCGUCUUCCACUGCUACAUCUGUUAGCGCUACCACUACAUCCGAUAGUGUUAGCGCUACCAAGACUGCAGAAGAGAGCGUCAGUUCCGCUGUGACUACUGAUACUGCAACCUCUGCUGGUACUGCGGUCGCCUCAACUUCCGUGAGCCCCCCACAUGUUCCUGGUUCUUCUCGGCCAUCGUCAUUAAUCCCUUCGGCAACACCUACUGGAAGCUCGGUUGGUUUCUCUUCUACUUACCAGUGGACUCAUAGCUAA